GAUAAGUGUGGAGAGCCUUUUAUCACUUGUCCAAAUAUAUUAAUCCACUUGGCUUCGAUAUUAACAUAUGUACCUAGUCUUCCAUGCAUGAAGACACAUGAUACAUUUGCAUAGCCAUUUGUCAAAGCCAUUCACCACUUUUAAGGCUUCAUGCAAGAAGUCACUUGGAAAUAGAUAGAACACUUGAAAAAUAAAAAGAUCUAUGACUAUUGGUUGUAAAUGAAUUUUCAAAAAGAAAUUUUUGACUUUGUAUUAUAAAUGAUACCAACAUAGUCUUGUGGUUCUGGUUGAACUCGUUAUUUCUUAACAGAAAACUAACGGAAGGAUGUAAUUUCUCAUUUUUGGGACAGUUUAGAUAAGCUUAUUCUCCAAGAAAACUCAAACCAAGUUACAUUGUCAAGCAAUUUCUUGUUUGGAACGGCCUCUUCAUAUUACCAGUAUGAAGGAGCUUAUCUGAGUGAUGGGAAAGGCCUCAGCAACUGGGACGUUUUUACCCAUGAAGCUGGUCAUAUUAAGGAAGGAAGCAAUGGAGAUGUUGCUGUUGAUCACUACCAUCGUUAUUUGGAGGACAUCAAACUCAUGGCAGAUAUAGGGGUGAAUAGCUAUCGUUUCUCUAUCUCAUGGGCAAGAAUUCUGCCUAAGGGGAUAUUUGGAGAAGUUAAUAUUGCCGGAAUUGAGUUCUACAGUAAGCUCAUUGAUGCACUCCUACAGAAAGGGAUCCAACCGUUUGUCACAUUAACACAUUUUGACAUACCACAAGAACUUCAGGACAGAUAUGGUGGUUGGCUAAGUUCACAAAUACGGGAUGAUUUCAGCUAUUUCGCAAACAUAUGCUUCAAAUACUUCGGAGAUAGAGUUAAAUACUGGGUAACGAUGAAUGAGGCUAACUUUAUGGCCAUAGCUGGCUAUAGAGAUGGGACUUACCCUCCAACUCGAUGCUCUGGUAUAUUUGGGAAUUGUAGUGCUGGGGAUUCAGAAAGGGAACCCUUCAUUGCAGCUCACAAUAUGAUCCUAUCUCAUGCAAAUGCUGUCAGCAUUUACCGCACCAGAUAUCAGAAAAGUCAAGGAGGCAUGAUUGGCAUUACUAUGGGUUUUGAAUGGUUUGAACCGUUAAGCAAUUCCUCAGAAGACAUAGCUGCAACUCAUAGAGCUCGAUCAUUCUAUGACAGUUGGUUUUUAGACCCUAUUAUAUUAGGAAGAUAUCCUAAAGAAAUGGUACAAAUUUUGGGAUCUAAUCUUCCGGAAUUAUCAAUGAAUGAUUUGAGCAAGUUGAGUUAUGGCCUAGAUUUCAUUGGAAUCAAUCAUUAUUCGGCUGUCUAUAUCAAAGAUUGCUUAUAUUCUGCCUGUGAACAUGGAAACUCUUGGUCAGAGGGUUCUUAUUUUAGGACUACACAAAGAGACGGCAUCUACAUUGGUGAACCAGGGGAAGUGGACUGGCAAUUUGUGUACCCACAAGGGAUUGAAAAAGUUGUGAUGUAUUUGAAGGACAAAUUCAACAAUACUCCAAUGUUUAUCACUGAAAAUGGCUUUGCUGGGAACAGUUCUUCUAUAGAGGAUGCCUUGAACGAUGUUCGUAGAGUGAAAUACUUGCAUAGCAACUUAAAUUCAUUGGCAAAUGCCAUCAGGAAAGGUGCAGAUGUAAGGGGAUACUUUGUUUGGUCCCUUCUUGACAACUUUGAGUGGCUAGAUGGAUAUAGCAUAAGAUUUGGACUUUACUAUGUCAACUAUACUAAUCUCCAGAGAACUCCAAAAUUAUCAGCCACCAAGUAUCAAGAGCUCAUGUAUAACUUUCACAUAGAGCUUGAAACACAUACUGCCCUGAAAUAGCGUAAUAAGAGGAUGUAUAUGUGGAGACUUGUUGAAGAUUUUUAUUUAGGUCUCUGUUGUUGGAAAGCAAUUACUGGGCAAUCAUACUAUAAUUGUUCAGCCUAAUCCCUUCCUUUA